UCUUCUUCUUCUCCUUCUUCCAUAGUUUUCAGAAUCACAUCACCAGAUGUUGAUCUUUGAUAUGAAUCCUUUCGAACCAUUCGCCGACAUGGUUUCAAUAAUGCAUAGAUUCGCUUACUUUGCAUACAUCCAUUGUAAUCCCAGCAUGUUCACAAUCUUUAUCCCUCAUUUUUGCCCUCCUUCUAUCAUUACCUUGACGAUGUUACCCCAAUUCUUUACUCAUUUCUUUUGUGACCAAAACCAUUCCGUUAAAUUCUCCAUUGAGGAAUUUUACUCCCAAUUCACGCACCACAAACGAAGUGGCUAUGACUUCCUCACUUUUUGUCUUACUGAUCUUCGCUCUCAUAUGACUUUGGAAUUUUGUUCUUCUUGUUUUGAACUUGAUCCUUCUCCACGAUACUUAGAUACAUGGCAACCAUAUUAUCCUCACGAGCUUAAACGAAAAAUCAAUUAUGGAUCAUUUGUGUCUUUUAAAUUACAUGAUUUUCGACGUCUUGUAGUAAUCUUUAACGAUACUAGAAUCUAUGUUCCGUUUAGGGUUACCAAUUCAAAAAUCAAGUUCAUUCUUCCCGAUAGAGAAAUUGUUUUCACUACUGAGAUGAAUGAAUGUAUAAUUGGAGGUAUUAGAGAAGGAGAAGAAUUAAGAGGUUCAAUUAGUUUAAAUCCAAGAGAAGCUUACUUUAAUUACACAUCAAAAAGAUUAUGGUUAUUUGAAACCUAUGAUACAAGUGGUAUUACACUUGUUGCUCCUUUUGGAUUAUAUGCUAAUAUUUCUACAUUUUUCCCCCAAUUUUUUUUUUGAUGAUCUCUUCCAACAAUUAAUAUUCUCUCUACCCAUUACAAUUUUCUCAAUAAAAUAAAAAAUAAUCCUCUUAUUAUAGAAGGAUUGAUUCUAUGCUUUA